AUGGUGGACAAGGUUCUCCGGAAGGUGUCCAUUUUCCUUAUCCUAAUUUUCAUUUUUGGAAGUCUUCUUUCUGGAGUAUUCUACAGGUGGCAAACAAAAAUGAUGAUUCCUAAGGAAGAUUGGCUGAUGAGUCAAGUCUAUCGCAGAGACAUACUGAACUCCACCUGCCUGAUGAACAACCUUUCUCAUUCACAAAGCAAACUGAAACAUAAUGUUGCAAACCAGAUCUUUGUGGAACAUAACCACAAGUUCAUCUACUGUGAGGUGCCCAAGGUGGGCUGCUCCAAUUGGAAGAAAAUCAUCCUUCUCCUCACAAUGAACCUGAGCAGAAAGGCUAAUGAAGUCCAACAGGACUUCAUCCACCGUACCCCACUGUUAAAGAGGCUGAGUUCUUACCCUUCUGACUACCAGGAUAAAUUGCUGACCAGUUACACCAAAGUGAUGUUCACCAGAGAUCCCCUGGAACGGUUGGUUUCAGCUUACAGAGACAAGCUUCUGCACUCUGAGCCAUACUAUAGUAUCACUGUGGCAAAUGAGAUCAAGGCCAUGUGCAGGAAAAACAAAAAUUCAACUGAAAAGGUGACUUUCCAGGAGUUUGUUAACUUUAUUCUGACAAAAAAACAAGAACAUCUGGAUAUUCACUGGCAACCAAUGUUUCUACUCUGUGAUCCUUGCAACAUUCACUAUGACAUCCUGGGGGAGUUUGAGACCUUGGGGCAAGAUUCUGAUCAUGUUCUCAGGAACAUUGGAGCCCCAGAGGAUCUGCACUACCCUAACUUUAAGACACAUAGCUCAGAGAAACGUACUAGUGGUGAUAUCACCCUGGAAUAUCUCAGAAAGCUGAGCUCAGAGCAAAUUGAAAAGAUCAAGAAGCUGUACCAGAUGGAUUUUGCCUUGUUUAACUAUCCUUAUGAUUUGAAAAUGAACCUUUAUGAGACUGAUACAGUAUGA